UAGAUUUGGAAAAAAAUAACAACUAAGGAAGAAUGUUUCCUUCUCAAACCCCAAACACCAGUCUGGUCUGUUUCCAAAGCGUUCCCCGAAGUCUCGCGAUGUUGCGCCUCUGGGUUUCGAAACUGAUUUUGUUAUUGAAUCAGAGAUGGACGUUGGUGGUAAUAGUGGUGGAUUGAUUAUCAACAAACAGAGGGCUAUGUUACCCAACAAAAGUAGGGGUGAAUUUGUCCGUAAUCAGAGAAAAGACUCGGAGGGCUUCUCUGAGUCUCCAGACCUUGAGUUUGAGUAUGCAGAUACAGACAAGUGGUCUGCUGAACUGUCAGAGCUAUACAGUUACACUGAAGGACCAGAAUUUCUUCUCAACAGAAAAUGCUUCGAGGAGGAAUUCCGAACUCAUGUGUCUGACAAGAAAUGGACCGAGCUGGAUGUGGCUCAACACAGAGCUCACGCCAUGCGUCUACUUGACGGCCUGGAGGUGAUCACCAGGGAGAAGAGGCUGAAGGUGUCUAGGGCAAUCCUCUACAUGGUUCAGGGGACAUUUGCGGAGUGCAGCUCUGAGGCAGAAGUGCAGCACUGGAUGAGGUAUAACAUCUUCCUGCUGCUGGAUGUUGGCACCUUCACGGCCCUUGUGGAGCUGCUCAACAUGGAGGUUGAUAACAGUGCUGCCUGUAGCAGUGCAGUCAGAAAGCCAGCAAUCUCCUUGGCUGACAGCACAGACCUCAGGGUGCUGCUCAACAUCAUGUAUCUGAUGGUGGUGACCAUCCAGCAGGAGGACCCAGCCGACUCACCUGAGUGGAGGGCCACCAGGGAGACCUUUAAAACAGAGCUGGGCUCUCCUCUGUACAACAACGAGCCCAUCUCUGUCAUGCUCUUUGGUAUGGUGACGAAGUUCUGCAGUGGUCACGCCCCCCACUUCCCCAUGAAGAAGGUUCUGAUGCUGCUGUGGAAGAGCAUACUGUUCACCCUCGGGGGGUUUGAGCAGCUCCAGAACAUUAAGGUGCGUAAGCGGGAGGACCUUCGCCUGCCCCCCCUCCCAGAGGACAGCAUCCGGGUCAUCAGGAGCAUGAGGGCAGCCUCGCCCCCCGCAUCUGCCUCUGACCUCAUCGAACAGCAGCAGAAAAGGGCACGCCGUGAACACAAGUCCCUAAUAAAACAGGACAACCUGGACGCCUUCAAUGAGAAGGACCCCUACAAGUCAGAUGAACCUCGUGAAGAUGAGGACGACAACGAUGACAAUGACAACUCCAUGGAGGCGGAGCCUUUUCCCAUGGAACGGGAUGAGGUCAUGCCCCCACCCAUCCUACACCCCACCUCAGAGAGGGUGAACUUCCCCAAGGGCCUGCCUUGGGCCCCCAAAGUCAGGGAAAAGGACAUAGAACAUUUCCUGGAAUCAAGUAGAAGCAAAUUUAUCGGCUAUACGCUUGGAAAUGACACAGAUACAGUUGUCGGCCUACCCAGACCCAUCCAUGAAAGCAUCAGAACCUUGAAGCAGCAUAAGUACAUCUCUAUAGCUGAGAUUCAGAUUGCCAAGGAGGAUGAGUUUCAGAAAACUCCACUGUCGGGGGGGGAAGAGGAUGUGGAGAUGUGCUCCACUGAGCUGCUAUACCAGGGCAUUCUUCCCAGCUUGCCUCAGUACAUGAUUGCCCUGCUGAAGAUCCUGCUAGCUGCUGCCCCCACCUCCAAGGCCAAGACAGACUCCAUCAACAUCCUGGCAGAUGUGCUGCCUGAAGAGAUGCCGACCACGGUGCUCCAGAGCAUGAAGCUUGGUGUGGAUGUUAACCGCCACAAGGAGAUCAUUGUUAAGGCCAUCUCUGCCAUCCUGCUGCUGCUUCUCAAACACUUCAAACUCAAUCACGUCUACCAGUUUGAGUACAUGGCUCAGCACCUGGUGUUUGCCAACUGUAUUCCUCUCAUUCUCAAGUUCUUCAACCAGAACAUAAUUUCUUACAUCACAGCCAAGAACAGUAUUUCUGUGCUGGACUUCCCUUACUGUGUGGUGCAUGAGCUCCCUGAACUUACUGCAGAGAGUUUGGAGGCUGGCGACAACAACCAGUUCUGCUGGAGGAACCUGUUCUCCUGUAUUAACCUGUUGAGGAUCCUCAACAAGCUGACCAAGUGGAAGCACUCCAGAACCAUGAUGCUGGUGGUGUUCAAAUCUGCUCCCAUAUUGAAGAGGGCGUUGAAGGUUAAACAGGCCAUGAUGCAGCUGUACGUCCUCAAGCUGCUCAAAGUGCAAACCAAGUACCUGGGCCGCCAGUGGAGGAAGAGCAACAUGAAGACCAUGUCUGCCAUAUACCAGAAGGUCCGCCAUCGCCUCAAUGACGACUGGGCCUACGGUAACGACCUGGAUGCGCGGCCCUGGGACUUCCAGGCAGAGGAGUGUGCUCUGCGCGCCAACAUUGAGCGCUUCAACAGCCGCCGCUACGACAACAACCAGAGGAACCCUGACUUCCUGCCCGUGGACAACUGCCUGCAGAGCGUUCUUGGACAGCGCGUCGACCUUCCAGAGGAUUUCCAGAUGAACUAUGACCUCUGGCUGGAGCGAGAAGUCUUCUCCAAGCCCAUAUCCUGGGAGGAGCUUCUGCAAUGAUAACAGGGCUGAGUGGUGGGAGGUGGUGCUAUAGGAAGGUUUUCUGAACACACCUCCCCAAGGUGGCAACACUAGUCUACAUCUCCACAUAUUUUAGUGCUGAAAAAGCAUACGUGUUACAGUAUUCAUAGAGCACUACAUUUGUUUCUGAAAAUUACGCAGACAUAACAACAACGAUCCUUGUGUUGUCACCUCAUGCAGAGAAAAUAACAGUCAGUAAGGGAUAUUCAAGAGUUAGAGGGUCAACAGCUAAGUCACCUAAAUGUGGACCAUGCGCAUUAGCAUUACCCCUUCACAGUUGGAUCAAUCAUUUAUAAUAUCUGAAUCCAGGCACUAGAUAACUUGUUAAAAAAAAAAAUGCAAAUAGGGGGUGCUUAUAUUUGUCCUGUUUCACACAUGUACAAGUGUGUAACCUGUACAAGCGUGUGGUGAAAUGGAAAUGUGUUUCUUUGCAUAUCCCAUUUGGAGAGUGGUGUCACGCACGGCCAAGGUGAACCAGGUCUUGAUUUACCCCAUGGAGAGCCUUUUCUAGUUUUCAACUGGACCUUUACAGAGUGAUAAAGGUUUUAUCAGCCUUGUCUAACCUCCAUGGUUGGGGAUGUAAACCCUUUGUAUUCUGUUACUUACACACAACUCCACACAUCCAACCUGCCAUGGUGCCACUCUCCUGGCUGUCGGAGCAGUACUCUGCCUUUCAAGCACUAUAGUACACUAUUAUAACCCUUAGGAAGUACAAAAUAAAGUGUUUGUGUGUGUGGAAGAGAGCUUGUGAGGGAAGGGUUGCUUGAGUGUGUUUGUGUGUGUGUGUGUGUGUGUGUACACAGUAUGUCUUAUGGUUACUGAUAUAACCCCCUGUUGACCAGGCUUUUGAUGUUCCAUUAGUACUCUUCUCACUGAGUGACCGUUGGCUUGUAUGAAUCACACACCUCUAUCAACCAUGGUGGAGACAAUUUAGAUUGGUAUUAAGACAUUUUAAUGGAAUUUACAGCCUAAUGUUUUAACCGAAAGCAACAGGAACACAUGCUGGCCACUACACAACCGUAUUGGCUGAGAACUUGGGAAACAAAUCUUAAUUCUGUGUGUGCACAGUAUGUUUGAGAGAGUGAGGCAAGAAAGUGGUUCUCACUCACUCUUCACUAGCUAAUGUUUUUUUUUUACUCAAGGGAACAAUUAUGCCCACCUGCUAACUCCUCAUUUCUAAGAUAAUUGUGUUGUGCUUAUACUAAUUUACCAUCGCUAUUGCUUUUUUGUGUUAGGUUUUAUUUAUUUGCACCAAAGACGAAACAGUACAGAUAAAACAAAGAAUGGUAGAAACUGUGUGCUGGAGAGGUUGGAAGCCCAAAAGGGCUUUUAUGAAAAAUAUAAGUACAUAAAAAAGUAUGUUCCAUCAGUUAAACAAAGCAUAUUAAUUAUAAUUGAACAUGAUAUACAAGACUGUGUGUGUGCAUCUGUGUGAGAGUUAGACAUGGAGUGGAUUAUUGGGUAGUUUGGUUCAUCAGGUGGACCCCCAGUCUUCGCUUGAACGUAUUGAUGGAUGAUGAGGUUUGGCAAUGUGAACAUAAGAAUUCCAGAGUAUGGUACCUCUGUAUCUGAUAGAGAAUUCUCUAUGUGAGGCAGUGGGGAGGGUGAAGGUUGUCGCAGUGUCUUGCGUUAUGUAGAUGGAUUUCAGAAUUUCCGGGGAGAAUCCGUUAACGGGUUUAGGUAACUGACUGGGAGGUAUAUGUAGAUGAAAGUGCAUAAUUGGCGUACCUUAAUGUAAAUAGACAAGAUAUUGAGUUUCUUAAACAAAGGUGCAGAUGGAGCAAGGUAAUUAGAGGAGGUGGCUAGACUUGCAAAUGUAUUUUAUAUGACGAGUAAUUUCUGUACGUACGAGGCAUAUGUAUCGGCCCAGAAUUUUUUUUACCGUAAUGAGAUAUGGGUCAAUUAAGCUAUAGUAUAGAGUUAGGAAGCAAGCCUGAUGAACCAAACCAUGUUUUUUUUCAACAUUCUCUUAUACACCAAUUUUUCUACGAUUUCUGAAAAACAUAGUACAGAUAUUGGGUGAUGAAUUGUAAAAGAUCUUGGAUCCCCAGAUUUUAUAGAGGGGGGGAUAACUUUGGCAAUUACAUUUUUUUUAGGAACAAUACCAGUUUGCAUUGAUUUGGUGAAGAUCUACCUUAGAGGCUCAGUAAUCAAGGAAGACACUGAUUUCACCAGAGAGGCACCAAUCUCAUGACCUGCUGCUGAUAUCUUUGUUACCAAUUACCUCCAUUACAGCAGAAGGAUCAAACUGGAGCAUAGAAGGGAAAUGCCACUUCAUGUAAUCUGAGUGGUUUUCUAAAUUGUAUUUGACAGAGGAACCCACAUUCACAAAAACAUAUUACAUUCACAUGAAAUAACAUCAGAAUCACUCUAGGUAUUAUUUCCAACAAUAAAUUGAGAUGGAAUAGUUCUAGAUGCCAUUUUCUUAUUCAAUAGUUGAUUGAUUUUCCAAGUUGACUUUUUAUUUUAUUUAAUCAUUCUUGAAAUGUGUUGGUAAAAUAUAUUUUAUAUUUUGAAGUAGGUUAGUAAAUUUGUUCUUGUACUUUUUGUAAUUUGCAGAAUUUAGGGGAGAGGGAUUUGUGAGAAACCUUUUUAUACAACUUCUUUUUAACUGAGGAUGUUUUGAGACCAAGGUUUCCAGAACCCUUCUGCUGCUCUCUUACGUGGUUUAACUAAGGUAGUGAAUUACAGAAUUAAAAGAUGUGAGAAGUCUGGCAAGCAGACUCCACAUCAGCCUGAUUUAUUAUAAUGGUUAUUGAAGAGAGAAUCUAAAAUGGAUAAAUGUAAUUAUGACAUCGUAUGAUGUUAGGAUGUUGGAAAAACCCUUAUUUAUCAUGUCAAUAUGUUUAGCAUUGUAUGACUUUAUACAUACUGUAUAUAUUAACUCUUUUUUUGCUUUAUUUAUACACAGUGAUAACAGAAUAAGACUAAGCCUUUUGUCAAUAAACCUUGAUUUACUUGCUCUUUCA